UAAAAAAUGUCUCAAUUUGAUUUGUUGGUUGCUGCCAAAGGCCAAACUAAACAAGAUGAAUUUGAAUAGUCCUGUCUGUGUGGACAACUAUUCAGUUAGCCUCACAUUGUAGAUUUAGCUAGCCGAGCCCCUGCGUGGAUAAACUUUGUUAACCCACAUUUUCAGUUCAUAUGCUUUGUCGGUAAUUGACAUGUAAGAGAACACAUUUAUGGCACGUUUUUAUAAAUACCUCCAUGGCGGCGGUACCGAGCAAUGCAAAUCAAAACGGAAAAGUCAGAAUAUACUAACUCAUGCUACUUCUUAAGCUGUGUUGAUUGAAGAAUCGUUCACACAGAUUCCAGCAAGGUCUUCGGUUAUAAUGCAUCUGACUUGUCGAUGAGAAAUGAACACUCCACUGCUAGUGGAGGGAUUUAUCAGUGGAGUUCGGUAUAAUGCUGUCCACACAGGACAGUUACACGGAGCCGUUAAACGCACCGUGUGACUAGUUGCAGAAAGCGAGCGGUUAUGUUGAAAGCUUCAUGGACCCUAGCGUUACCUUCUCCGUCUACAAACAUCAGCUAAUUGUUAAUUUUUUUGUGUAGAGCACGCCUAUAUAGUUAUAUCAAUAGUACAAAUAGUCAUUUAGCUACAUAGCGAGCUAAUGUGAACUAAUGGGGCAGUUAGACUGGAAAACAACUGGACCUGUCACACGUAGCCUAACAACCAUCUGGAAGGGGUGCAGAGUCAGUUUGGAGAUGACCUUCCCACAGUAGCUGUCUGUUGUGGACCGCUGAUCCUGGCAGCCCUCUAUGGCGUGCCCUGUCCAGUUCAUUUGUCGGGGGCUUCGCACUGUUGGAUUAGUUCUUCUCUACUAUGUAUUUUCUAUAGGCAUCACCUUCUAUAACAAAUGGCUGAUGAAGGGCUUCCACUAUCCUCUCUUCAUGACGUUAGUUCACCUUACCAUCAACUUCUGCUUAUCGGCUCUGACCAGGCGGGCCAUGCAGUGCUGGACAGGGAAGCCUCGCGUCAUUAUGAGCUGGACAGAUUACCUUCACAAAGUGGCUCCCACAGCCUUUGCAACAGCCCUGGAUAUUGGACUUUCCAACUGGAGCUUCCUCUACAUCACCAUUAGCUUGUACACCAUGACCAAAUCUUCAGCAGUGCUCUUUAUCCUCUUUUUCUCCCUGAUCUUUAAACUAGAGGAGCCGAACUCACUACUGAUCCUGGUGGUCUUGCUGAUCUCCUGUGGUCUGUUUAUGUUUACAUUUGAGUCGACCCAGUUCAACCUGGAGGGCUUCAUCAUGGUGCUGCUGGCGUCCUUCCUAGGGGGGAUCCGCUGGACCCUCACUCAGGUCCUCAUGCAGAAAGCAGAGCUGGGUCUUCAGAACCCAAUAGACGCCAUGUACCACCUCCAACCCCUCAUGUUUCUGGGUCUCUUUCCCCUUUUCCUUUAUAAUGAAGGGCUGAGCCUCAGCACCUCAGAAAAGUUAUUUCGGGUGACGGAGGUCUCACCUCUCCUGUAUUCACUCUUCACACUGAGUAUUGGCGGCUCACUGGCCUUCGGUUUAGGCUUCUCAGAGUUCCUGCUAGUCGCACGGACCUCUAGCCUCACUUUAUCCAUAUCAGGGAUCUUUAAGGAGGUAUGUACCCUGCUUUUGGCAGCAACUCUGAUGGGAGACAAAAUGAGCAUGCUUAAUUGGCUGGGAUUCGCUGUGUGUCUGUGUGGCAUUUCACUGCAUGUGGGACUCAAGACAUAUUUUUCUAAAAAAAAGGGCCCGUCUUUAAGGCAGCUCAACAGUAAGAGCCCGGAGCUUGAGUUGCCAUUACUAUGGCAGAACGGAGACGAAAGAGAGGACUCGGAAGCUGAUGAAUACAAUGUCGAAGAGGGGGAACAAGAAACCACUCUGCACUGACAUCACAGGAUACGUGCCAAUGAAGUCUAGACUGUCUUCAUUCUACUUAUACCUUUCCAACUCUUCCAUCAGAUGGUUUGAACAGUGAAGUAAAGGUUUUAGAGCUUCCAAAAGCCAUUAUGUUUGGGACACACUGCCACAGAAGGAGAGAACGGCCUCUUCAGCUCUUUUCCUCCACUGAUUGUGUCUUCAGGUCAGGCCAAGGCCUUACUAUCAGCUGUACAUUAACUGUGAGUGUGACGCAAGUGAUGAUCUUUUGCCUUAGCGGAGCUUCAAAAUUGUAGCUAAUACAUGACAAGUGUCAACAAAGUACGAUAGAGAGAGAGAGAGAGAGUGAGUUAACAGCUUUAAAGGGAUAUUCUGGUACCUUGAAUUGUAGUGGGUCAUUUUUCUUUGCUAGAUGCUUGUCUUGCUGAAGGAAUAUCUUUCAUUUUGUCGUACACUAUAUUAUUGAAUACUCUAUUAAGAAACUGAAGGACAAAGGUACAAAUUUAAUUAAUGAGGUUACGAGCGUCUGGCUUAGGAAAAAUCAACUAUAAUUUGAAGUUCCCUGAUAUCCUACUGCUGCAGGGUUGGAGCCAUUGUCACCUAAUUUUAAACGACUUAUUUUCUUUCCCUUAAAUAGGUAACUUGAUUCCCAAGAAAGGGACAUGCUUAAGUUAUUAUUAUUAUUAUUAUUAUUA